AUGGAUGACUUUGUGUCGGGAAUGCUAGACCAGAUGAUGCGGAUGCCCCCUGAAGUCAGGGAUCUGUUUUUCUCAUCCAGGGAAACAAUUGAGGAAGAAAAUUUCCAGCUGAUUGCCCCUAACGCCAAGCUUUUCAGACCCGAAAAAGUCCCCGUCCAUACUCUUCUUUUCCAGGAAUGGUCACGAGCACUCGUGUGUCUUCUUGCUGUCCCUGUUCCACAGCCCGAUCUCUUCCAAGUACCAGACGAACGCGGCAGUCAAGAUGAGGCCCGUUUCUCUAUUGCGAUCCAAAGGGGAAGUCGCAUCAUGGGUCAAGCAGUAAAACCCAUCAGCGGCCACGUUGCUACUAUUCUUGACCUGCCCACGGAAAUUAUUCUCCAAGUUUUUAAAGAAGUCGACUGCAUGAAAGACCUUAUUUGCCUCGGCCUAGCCAGACGAUCUUUCUGGGCCAUUGCUCGGCAACGCCUCCACGAUUACUACAUGUCGCUCUGGGGUAAAUGGGCUGGCGAGAAUAUUGUUUAUGUUGGAGAGUACACGCAGCCAGGGGAUGUCCCUCCUGGAUUGUUUUCGGAGGAAGAGAUAGAAGAGCAAAUCUCAAAAUCAAUCUCACUUUACGAAAUUGGCAACUGA